UGAAGCAGAGCACUCAGACACUAGACAGGGAAUAUCAAUAAGAUGGCACCAUUCGAACUACGUUGGGGGAUUAUCGCGACUGGUGGCAUUUCCACUCAGUUCACCAAGGACCUUGUACUGGAUCCUGCUGGACGAGACGCCAACGAUGUCAAGCACAUUGUCAAGGCCGUCGGUUCUCGCUCCAAAGAGUCAGCGGACAAGUUCAUCUCGGCUGUCCUUCCCUCGGACCUUCAAGAGGGCGCUCAGGGUGGCACUUAUGAGGAGGUAUUCGCCAAUCCCGAAGUCGACGUCGUUUACAUUGGUACCCCGCACACUUAUCAUUACGAGAACACCAUGGACGCCUUGAAUGCCGGCAAACACGUCUUGUGCGAAAAGCCUUUUACAUUCGAUGUAGAGGAGCUGGACGAGUUGACCGCUCUAGCCAAGAAGAAGAACCUCUUCCUCAUGGAAGCCGUUUGGACUCGGUUCCACCCGAUCGCUUAUGCUGUACAGGAUGCGAUCUUCAGCGGAAAGUACGGUAAAGUCAAAAGGGUCUUUGCCGACUUGGCCUUCAACAUCGAGCCGGACAAGCUUGACGCAAAGACCAACCGUAUGAUUGCCGCCGAAUUGGGAGGUGGUGGUCUAUUGGAUCUCGGCCCAUACCCUAUGGUCUGGGUCAUGAUGAUUUUGCACCAGAACCCGGGCAACAAGGAACGAGCUCCUCCUUCCUCCGUCAAGGGUCAUAUGAGGAUCUACGAACGUACAGGCGUGGAUGCGUCUUCCACGUGGAUCGUAGAUUGGAAAGAUGUCGGCACCGCCGUCUGCACAACGAGCAUCGAAACGCAGAUGAACCUGGAGAGAUGUGUCACCGUUCAGAUGGAGGGAGGAGAGUUGACUGUUGAUUUCCCUACCUUCCGCCCUGAGGGCUAUACCAUCACCCCCAAACCGGCUAACAGGGAAGACGCUGACCCGGAAGGUGAGGGUAACGCCAACCCCGAUGCCAACAAGACCCAGCAUCACUCGCACCCUGUCCCCGAAAGCGCUGGCCGUGGGAUGAACUACCAAGCCGAUGAGGUCGCAAGGUGUAUUAGGGAUGGCAAGCUCGAAUCCGAGCGGUGCAACCUCGCCGAAAGCCGCAUCGUGCAGAGCGUUUUUGACGAGGUUAGGAAGCAAGGAGGAUAUCUCGGUGGCAAUGCCAAAGGAAAGGCUGGGACCAGGUAGAAUCUACGCGUUAUCCUAGGAGCAAGUUGAAAUAGGACAUACAGUAAGGGUGUUCGGUAUCGAAUCCUGUAUCUACAUAAUCGAAUCUGUUCAAGGGGACAGAGGCUGUUGAAAGGUUUUCAGAUACUGUCUAGUGCGAUUAUAAAUUCGGUAUCUUUAGCUCUAU